AUGAAUAAGAAUAAUCAGGAGAUUUUUGUUUGCAAUGGAAGGCAUUAUCAUGAUUAUGACACAGCAUUAAACUGUUUUAUAAAAACAAAAAAUUCAACUUUUUUUUUUGCAAACUUGGUAAUUGAUGGACAAAAUUCAAUUAUAUUUUAUGCUAAAAGUAAUUCAUUUGAUUGGGAUUUAUUAUGGAAAAGUAACUCAUGGAAUAAUAAUCAAUGGGCUUUAAAUAGGGUUCAUCGAAGUAUUCAUACUAAAUCAAAUUUAAAUAAACCAAUCAUUGAACCUUUAGACCCUACGAUUGAAGAUAUUACAAACAAAGAUAAGCAUAAUAUAACUAUUAAAGAACUUCGAAAAAUUUAUUUAAAAGAAACAAAUAGAUUUAGAACUAUCCACGCUGUACCUAAUCUAAUUUUAAAUUCUGUCAUUGAGAAACGUGCUCAAUUAUGGGCUGAAAGUUUAGCUAAAAAAGGUAUAUGUAAAUCGGCAAGUGGUAUGUGCCAUGAAAAAGAUUCUGCAUAUGGCGAAAAUAUUGCUGUUGUAACACAUCAAUAUAUACAAUAUCCUAUUUCAAUAUGGUAUAAUGAAAUAAAGUAUUUUAAUUUUACUUCAUUUAAAUUAAUACCAUCAGUUCUUCAUUUUACACAAUUAAUAUGGAAAGGUACAAAACAAAUGGGAUGUGGUAUUUCAAGAGACAAGAAUACUAAAUAUUUUAUUGUCUGUAAAUAUCAUCCUCCUGGAAAUAUUAAAGGACUGGCCAGAUGGAAUGUUCCACGGGCAAAAAAGUAA